GGUCUCGGGGCUCUGAUGGCUCAGAAUCCAUCCCUGUGGGCUCCCAGCUUUGCUUCGGGCUGCAAAAUCAAAGCCCUACGUGCCAAGACCAACACGUACAUCAAGACACCAGUCAGGGGCGAGGAGCCCGUUUUCAUCGUGACCGGGAGGAAGGAGGACGUGGAGAUGGCGAAAAGGGAGAUCCUCUCGGCUGCCGAGCACUUCUCCAUGAUCCGGGCGACGCGCAACAAAGUGAACGGGCUGACGGGAGCCAUGCAGGGGCCCCCCAACCUGCCGGGGCAGACCACCAUCCAGGUGAGGGUCCCGUACCGGGUGGUGGGGCUGGUGGUGGGCCCCAAGGGAGCCACCAUCAAGCGGAUCCAGCAGCAGACGCACACUUACAUCGUGACGCCCAGCCGGGACAAGGAGCCCGUCUUCGAGGUGACGGGCAUGCCCGAGAACGUGGACCGGGCCCGGGAGGAGAUCGAGGCCCACAUCACCAUGCGGACAGGCUCCUUCAUCGACGUCAAUGCCGACAACGACUUCCACUCCAACGGCACCGACGUCUGCCUCGACCUGCAGGGCAGCACGGCCAGCCUGUGGGCCAAGGCCCCGCACCCUGCCCGCCGCCCCUCGGCCGCCCUCCGCAACGACAGCCUCAGCUCCCUGGGCAGCGCCUCCACCGAGUCCUACUACAGCGGGCGGGUGGCGGACGCCAGCCCCACCAGCCCCUACAGCACCAGCAGCGGCUUCACCUUCAGCGAGCCCCCGGCCCCGCUGGGCUCGGAGGAGUGCGACUUCGGCUUCGACUUCUUGGCCCUCGACCUCACGACGCCCACCACCAUCUGGUCGCCCUUCGAGCGCUCGGGCAACCCCUUGCAAGCCUUCAGCAGCUGCUCCUCCAUCAACGGCUCGCAGAGACGCAACAGCGGCACGGCCACGCCGCGCCACUCGCCCACCCUCCCCGAGAGCGGCGGCGUGGCCCUGGACCACCCCUUAGCGCGCCGCAUCCAGAGCGACCCCGUCAGCACCUUGUCCUGGCUGCCCACCCAAGGCUCGCUGUCCUCCUUCUCCAACAGCACCGGCUACUCCUCCUCCUCCUCCCUGCCCGGCAGCAUCUCGGCCGCCUCGGGCUCGCCCACCGACUCCAGCAGCUCCGACGGGCACCGCAAGAGCUCCCGCGAGUGCAUGGUGUGUUUUGAGAGCGAGGUGAUCGCCGCCUUGGUGCCCUGCGGCCACAACCUCUUCUGCAUGGAGUGUGCCAUGCGCAUCUGUGGCAAAGCCGAGCCCGAGUGUCCCGCUUGCCACACGCCCGCCACGCAAGCCAUCCACAUCUUCUCCUAGCCGGGUCCGGCUCGCCAGGGCAGCCAGCCCUCCCCUCCACCCCAACACAGCUUUUUAAGGACUUAAACUGUUUAAAUCAACGUUUUUAUUUAAUAACGGAUCCGAUGGGCGCACGGGGCGGGGGGGGGAAGGAGAGGCUGCUGCUUGCUGGCUGGAGAGGCGGAGAGGGCAGGAUGGUGGGGCGGGAGGGUGGCCGAAAUACAGGGGGUCGGGAGGGGUGGGGAAGAAGGGGCCGAAGACAACGAGGAAGAGGGGUGUGGAACCGCAGAGAGGGGGAAACUCCGAUGUUUACAGAAUAGCUUUAACUCUUCACCCGGCUGUGGCGGCUGGGAGGAGGAAGCCCAGCUGUUCUUCAACAGUCCUUCCCAAAUAACAGUAUUCAGUUUGCAAAGUUAAAUAAACAGAAAGAAAAGGUCCGGUUGCACUUUUUAUUUUAGGACACGCAAGGGUUGUCUUUUAUUUUUUUAAAUCAUUCUAUUAUUAUUAUA